AUGGCGUCAAACGAUAUUGGUGAAUGGUACAGAAGCAUUCCGCAAAUCACGAAAUAUUGGUUUACUGGCUCCGUAGUCUUGCCUCUGAUUGCUAGGUUCGGUUUAAUUUCUCCCUUAUGGCUAAUUUUGCGGUACGACUUCGUCGUUUACAAUUUCCAGUUAUGGCGGAUAUUUACUUCUGUAUUGUAUUACCCCAUCUCCGGUUCGAGAGGAUUUCAUUAUUUGCUUAGUCUUUACUUCUUGUAUUCUUAUUCAGUUCGAUUAGAAACAGGUAUCUUUGAUGGCCGCCCUGCUGAUUAUGUUUUUAUGCUGUUGUUCAAUCUCACCUGCUUGGUUAUCAUUGGAUUUAUUGCUCCUCUCAUGCUUCUUAUGGAUCCAAUGGUCCUUAGUGUGUUGUACAUCUGGUGUCAGCUAAACAAGGAUACAGUGGUGACCUUUUGGUUUGGUUCACAGUUUAAAGCGAUGUAUCUUCCGUGGGUGCUGCUGGCAUUCAACCUUGUCAUUGGUGAUGGUGGACUCUUUGAAUUGAUUGGCAUCCUGGUUGGCCACCUCUACUUCUUCCUGAUGUUCAAAUACCCACUGGACUUUGGUGGUGCUCGCUUGCUCAGCACUCCACAGUUUCUGUACAAAUACUUCCCAAAUCGUCGAGGAGGCACUUCUGGAUUUGGAAUGUCACAACCAAAUCGGCCACAACCCGAGGAUGACAACCGUGGUGGGGUGCAUACUUUCUUUCUUUCUCUCUCUCUCUCUCUCUCGCUUUCUCUCUCUCUCUCUCUCUAA